AUGUCGGGCCAUCCAGGAGGGGGCCAUUACGAUGAUGGCUAUGGCCAUAACGGCCAUGGCGAUUCGUACUACCAGGACGAGCAUGCCCAGGGUUAUUAUGACACUCAUGACUAUGGUGACGGCUACUAUGAUAGAGGUGGUUACUAUGGUGCGGACAACGGUGCGUACCAGCAGGAUGGCGGAUACUACGAUGCUGGUCACCACGACGACUACUAUGGAGACCAGUACUACGACAAUGCCGGUCAAGGGGGUAGGGGAAGACGUAGGGGCGACUCGGAGGAGGACUCGGAAACAUUCAGCGAUUUCACCAUGAGAUCGGAAACCGCGCGUGCGGCCGACAUGGACUACUACGGCCGCGGGGAUGAACGGUACAACAGUUAUGCUGAUAGCCAGUACGGUCGGGGCUAUGGCGGUUACCGCCCCCCCUCGUCGCAGAUCUCCUAUGGUGCGAAUCGAUCGUCCGGCGCCUCGACCCCUGUCUACGGCAUGGACUACGGAAAUGCUCUACCCGCUGGGCAGCGAUCCCGCGAGCCGUAUCCCGCCUGGGCAUCGGACGCCCAGAUUCCCGUUUCCAAGGAGGAGAUCGAAGAUAUCUUCAUUGAUUUGGUGAACAAAUUCGGUUUCCAGAGGGACAGCAUGCGCAACAUGUACGACCACCUUAUGACACAGCUCGAUUCGCGUGCUUCCCGCAUGACGCCGAACCAAGCCCUCCUGUCGCUCCAUGCGGACUAUAUUGGCGGCGACAACGCCAACUAUCGCCGUUGGUACUUCGCGGCUCAUCUUGAUCUGGAUGAUGCUGUUGGUUUCGCGAACAUGAAACUGGGCAAGGCAGACCGGAAGACCCGGAAAGCCCGCAAAGCAGCCCAAAAGGCCGCUGAACAGAACCCGGAAAAUGUCGACGAAACUUUGGAAUCGCUGCAGGGUGACAACAGUCUCGAGGCUGCCGAGUAUAGAUGGAAGACAAGAAUGAACCGGAUGUCUCAGCAUGACAGAGUUCGUCAGCUCGCAUUGUUUUUGUGCUGCUGGGGUGAAGCCAACCAAGUCCGCUACCUUCCCGAGUGUCUCUGCUUCAUCUUCAAGUGCGCCGAUGAUUACUAUACCUCCCCCGAGUGCCAGAACCGAGUGGAACCUGUCGAAGAGGGAACCUACUUGAACGACAUUAUUACCCCCCUCUACCAGUACUGCCGUGACCAAGGUUACGAAAUAGUCGAUGGCAAGUACGUUAAACGCGAACGUGACCACAACCAGAUCAUUGGUUAUGAUGAUAUGAACCAGCUCUUCUGGUACCCAGAGGGUAUUGAACGGAUUGGCUUUGAGGACAAGACUCGUCUGGUCGAUGUCCCCCCUGCCGAAAGAUGGGUCAAACUGAAAGACGUCGACUGGAAGAAGGCAUUCUUCAAGACAUACAAGGAGACUCGUUCCUGGUUCCAUAUGGUCACCAAUUUCAACCGUAUUUGGGUGAUUCACUUGGGCUCCUUCUGGUUUUUCACUGCCUACAACGCCCCCACUCUCUACACUCACAACUACCAGCAGCAGCUGAACAACAAACCUCCCGGUGCUUACUACUGGUCUGCUGUUGGUUUUGGUGGUGCUCUUUGUGCCUUCAUUCAAAUCUUCGCUACUAUUAUGGAGUGGAUGUACGUUCCCCGACUGUGGGCUGGUGCCCAGCACCUGACCAAGCGUUUGAUGUUUUUGCUGCUGGUUUUCAUCAUCAACCUGGCCCCUGGUGUCUUCGUCUUCGGAUUCUCAAAGAAAGUUGACAACAAUACCAUCCCUCUCGUCAUCGGUAUUGUCCACUUCUUCAUCGCUCUUGCAACAUUCUUCUUUUUCGCUGUCAUGCCGCUUGGUGGUCUUUUUGGCAGUUACUUGAAGAAACACGGUCGCCAAUACGUUGCUAGUCAGACUUUCACUGCAAGCUUCCCUCGUUUGACAGGAAACGAUAUGUGGAUGUCUUACGGCCUCUGGGUUUGUGUCUUCGGAGCUAAGCUUGCGGAAUCGUACUUCUUCUUGACGCUGUCUUUCAAAGAUCCUAUUCGGAUUCUGUCCCCUAUGAAACUGAGACAGUGUGCUGGUGUCAAGUACAUCCCGAACGAUCUGUGCCAUGCCCAACCUCAGAUUCUUCUCGGUCUGAUGUUCUUCAUGGACCUGACACUGUUCUUCCUGGAUAGUUAUCUGUGGUACAUUAUUUGCAACACCGUGUUUUCCGUGGCGAGAUCGUUUUACCUCGGUGUGUCGAUCUGGUCUCCUUGGAGAAACAUCUUCUCGCGCCUUCCGAAGCGUAUCUACUCCAAGGUUCUCGCGACAACGGACAUGGAAAUCAAGUACAAGCCGAAGGUCUUGAUCUCUCAGGUGUGGAAUGCCAUCAUUAUUUCCAUGUACCGAGAGCAUCUUCUCGCCAUCGAUCAUGUCCAGAAGUUGUUGUAUCACCAGGUUCCAUCUGAGCAGGAGGGCAAGCGUACCCUGCGGGCCCCGACAUUCUUCGUUUCCCAGGAGGAUCAGUCCUUCAAGACUGAAUUUUUCCCCUCUGGCAGUGAAGCCGAGCGACGUAUCUCCUUCUUUGCGCAGUCUCUUUCAACGCCGAUGCCUGAACCUCUUCCCGUCGAUAACAUGCCGGCGUUCACCGUGCUGAUCCCGCACUAUAGCGAGAAGAUUCUCUUGUCGCUCCGUGAGAUCAUUCGUGAGGAUGAGCCUUACUCCCGUGUUACUCUCCUGGAAUACUUGAAACAGCUUCACCCUCACGAGUGGGAUUGCUUUGUCAAGGACACCAAGAUCCUCGCUGACGAAACGUCCCAAUUCAACGGAGAAUACGAAAAGAGCGAGAAGGACGUUGCCAAGAGCAAGAUCGAUGAUCUGCCCUUCUACUGCAUUGGUUUCAAAUCUGCUGCCCCCGAGUACACUCUGCGUACCCGAAUCUGGUCAUCCCUGCGUUCGCAGACCCUGUACAGAACUGUUUCCGGCUUCAUGAACUACAGUCGUGCUAUCAAGCUUUUGUACCGCGUUGAGAACCCCGAGGUCGUACAGAUGUUCGGUGGCAACUCCGAAAAACUUGAACGGGAACUCGAGAGAAUGGCACGCCGGAAGUUCAAGAUCUGCGUUUCCAUGCAGCGUUAUGCGAAGUUCAACAAGGAGGAGCGUGAAAACACUGAGUUCCUUCUCCGCGCGUACCCCGACCUCCAGAUCGCCUACCUCGACGAAGAACCUCCCGUCAACGAGGGUGACGAGCCUCGCUUGUACUCGGCCUUGAUUGAUGGUCACUGCGAACUUCUUGACAACGGAAUGCGCAAGCCUAAGUUCAGGAUUCAGCUUUCUGGAAACCCCAUUCUUGGAGAUGGCAAAUCGGACAACCAGAACCAUUCGAUCAUUUUCUACCGCGGCGAAUACAUUCAGGUCAUUGAUGCUAACCAGGACAACUACCUCGAAGAAUGCUUGAAGAUUCGUAGCGUUCUUGCCGAGUUUGAGGAAUUGACGACCGACAACGUUUCUCCUUACACCCCGGGCAUUCCUUCGACCAGUACGAACCCAGUUGCCAUUCUUGGUGCCCGUGAAUAUAUCUUCUCUGAGAGUGUUGGUGUUCUUGGUGAUGUUGCUGCCAGUAAGGAACAAACAUUCGGUACUCUGUUCGCUCGUACGCUCGCCCAGAUUGGUGGCAAGCUGCACUAUGGUCACCCUGAUUUCCUGAACGGUAUUUUCAUGUGCACCAGAGGUGGUAUCUCCAAGGCCCAGAAAGGUCUUCAUCUGAACGAAGAUAUUUACGCCGGUAUGAUGGCCCUGACCCGUGGUGGACGCAUUAAGCACUGUGAAUAUUUCCAGUGUGGUAAAGGUCGUGAUCUUGGAUUUGGCUCUAUUCUGAACUUCACCACGAAGAUUGGUACUGGUAUGGGUGAGCAGAUGCUGUCCAGAGAAUACUAUUAUCUGGGCACGCAGCUUCCCCUUGAUCGGUUCUUGUCUUUCUACUAUGCCCACCCUGGUUUCCACCUGAACAACAUGUUCAUCAUGCUUUCUGUCCAGAUGUUUAUGAUUGUUCUGGUCAAUCUGGGUGCCCUGAAGCACGAGACCAUCACCUGCAAAUACAACCCUGAUGUUCCGAUCACUGAUCCCUUGCGUCCCACAUUCUGUGCGAACCUCACUCCAAUCAUGGACUGGGUCAACCGUUGCAUUAUCUCCAUCUUCAUUGUGUUCUUCAUCUCUUUCGUUCCCCUGGCUGUUCAGGAACUCACGGAGAGAGGUGUGUGGCGUAUGGCGAUGCGUUUGGCGAAGCACUUUGGCUCCUUCUCUUUCAUGUUCGAAGUGUUCGUUUGCCAGAUCUAUGCCAACGCUGUACACCAGAACUUGUCUUUUGGAGGUGCUCGCUACAUCGGUACUGGACGUGGUUUUGCAACGGCCCGUAUUCCGUUUGGUGUUCUCUAUUCGCGUUUCGCCGGUCCUUCGAUCUAUGCUGGCGCCCGAUCUCUGCUCAUGUUGCUUUUCUCAACAUCCACUGUGUGGUCGGCAGCUCUGAUUUGGUUCUGGGUGUCGCUGCUCGCCCUGUGUAUUUCGCCUUUCCUGUUCAACCCUCACCAGUUUGCGUGGAACGACUUCUUCAUCGACUACCGCGAUUAUCUGCGCUGGCUGUCUCGUGGUAACUCGCGCUCGCAUGCAUCUUCGUGGAUCGCCUUCUGUCGCCUGUCUCGUACUCGCAUCACGGGUUACAAACGCAAACUCCUCGGUGUUCCAUCAGAGAAGGGGUCCGGUGAUGUUCCGAGAGCUCGCAUCACUAACAUCUUCUUCAGCGAGAUUGUAGCGCCUCUUGUCCAUGUCGCAGUUACUCUUGUUCCCUUCCUCUACAUCAACUCCCGAACCGGCGUAUCAAACGACAACGAAAACGAUUCCUACAACGCCCUUAUCCGUAUCGGUAUCGUUGCACUCGGACCUAUCGGGGUUAAUGCUGGUGUCGCCGGUGCAUUCUUCGGUAUGGCCUGCUGUAUGGGUCCCAUUUUCAGCAUGUGCUGUAAAAAGUUUGGAGCUGUUCUUGCUGCAAUUGCCCAUGCCAUUGCGGUGAUAGUGCUGCUCAUUAUCUUCGAAGUCAUGUUCUUCCUCGAGCACUGGUCGUGGCCUCGGUGCAUUAUGGGAAUGAUCGCCAUGGCGGCUAUUCAGCGUUUCAUCUACAAGCUCAUCAUCGCCUUGACCUUGACCCGUGAGUUCAAGCAUGAUCAGUCCAACAUCGCCUGGUGGACUGGAAAGUGGUACAACAUGGGCUGGCAUUCCAUGACCCAGCCUGGCCGUGAAUUCCUGUGUAAGAUCACAGAACUGGGCUAUUUCGCCGGAGACUUUGUACUGGGCCAUCUCAUCUUGUUCAUCAUGCUGCCUGCCCUUUGCAUUCCUUAUGUUGAUAAGUUCCACUCCAUUAUCCUCUUCUGGCUGCGCCCAAGCCGGCAAAUUCGUCCGCCCAUCUAUUCCUUGAAGCAGUCGAAACUCCGGAAGAGACGAGUGGUCCGUUUCGCCAUCAUGUACUUUACCAUGCUCGUCAUCUUCCUUGUUCUCCUUAUUGCACCGCUCGUUGUUCGCAAAAUGGGUAUUAUCAAACAGGAUAUGAUCGAUAAAUUCCCCGAGGCGUUGCUGCAACCCCUCGACGGCGGCGGUGCCAACAACGACACUACCAGCAAAUACACUGGUAGCGGCUUGCCUCACGGGUUCAGUGCGUGGGUUCCUCCUUCUGCCUCUGCAACCUCAUAG